AUGACAGAGCUCCAUGCAGCUGUGGCUUCGGGGGACUACGACCUGGUGGAAGAGAUUUUGAGGACAGGGCGCUGUGACCCAAACCAGAAGGAUGUUGACUGGCAUGACAGGACCCCACUGCACUGGGCUGCUGCAACAGGGCAGUCAGACAUGGUCCAGCUCCUGGUGGAUCACGGCGCCCGGCAUUGCCUGCGGAGUGACGUGGGAAGGACACCGGCUCACUUGGCUGCUGAGUCGGGGAGGCUGGGGGUGCUCCGCACCCUCCAUUCCCUGCACGCUGCCAUGGAUGUGCCCGACCUCUUUGGUGAUACUCCCAAGAGGCUGGCAGAGAUCUACGGCCACCGAGACUGCUCCAGGUUCUUAGAAAUAGCAGAGGUGGAGAGCAGAAACUAUCACAGGACAGCUGCAAUGAAAGGAAUCCCCUUAGACCAGAGAGAUGAAGACUGGGAACUCAAGAAAGAAGAGCUGAAGAGAAAUCCACCAUGUUCUCAGGAGAACUGCACAUCCUCUACUCAAAAGAAAAAUAAAAAAUAA